UCUUUUUGUUUUCAUUAAAGCCACUCUCUCUCUCUCUCUCUCUCUCUAUAUAUAUAUAUAUAUAUAUAUAUCUUCAGAGGAGCAGGAGUGUUUACAGAAGAAGUAGUUUAAGAGUUGGGAUUUUUGUGGAAAUGAUUGCUCAAUAUAAUAUUUUCUUCCCUAUGUUGGACUAGAAACACACAUCCUUCCUUCCUUCCUUCCAUCAAUUUCUUCUUCUUCUUCUUCUUCUUCUUCACUGUGAAGACGACGAUGAUGAUGCAGAUGAAGCCCAUCAAGAAUAUAGUUGGCCAUGAAACCUCCUCCCCCGCCGCCAACUGGUUGGGAUUUUCCCUCUCACCCCACAUGAACAUGGAGGCUGCUGGUUCAGUUUCAGACCAUAAUAAUAGCAGUAGUAAUAGUAAUGGUAAUAAUGAAGACAGCAGCAGCCCUUCUGGAAGCUUCUUCUUCGGCGUGCCUGCCAACGAACACUUCCAAUCCGACCAUGGCUCUCUUUGCAUCAAUAUGGACUCCUUCUCCACUAACUCCCACACACAAUUAGGGCUUGUGCCGACGACGACAGCAUCUCCGAAACUGGAGGAUUUCUUGGGAGGCCCAAUGGCAAUGCCAAUGGCAGCUGCAGCUCAUUAUCAUCAUCAACAUCAGUUCCAAAUCUUGCAGCAUCCACCAGUACUAGUCGAUUCAGCUGCUGCAGCUGCCAUGGUGUUAAGCCUCGACACGACCAACUCCACAUUUUACAACCCUUCACACUGCAACUACAAUUACUAUUCUGCCCUCAACACCAAUGGAAAUAUUGGAAUCUUAGGUCAUCAUGAUGAACACCAACACCAACAACCUAGUAAUCCUGCAGGCUGCUGCAACAACAGUAGCACUACAUAUCAUCAAGUAAUAAACCCUGAAAUGAUGACAUCCGAGGAUGUAAUAAUGAAGACAUGGAUGGACGAUGGUAAUGGUGCCAUGGGUGAGUUGCAGUCUGCACUGAGUCUUUCGAUGAGCCCAGCCUCCCAAUCGAGCUGUGUCACCAGCCAGAUCUCACCCUCUUCUACUGCAGACACUACUGUUACUACUGUAGCUGCUGCAGCAGCAGCCAUGGCCAUGGAGAAUAUGAACUCCAAGAAGAGACACAGAGACACAGACACACCUAUUAACAAUAACAAUAAUAUUAAUAAUAAUAAACCCACUGUUCAUAGGAAAUCCAUCGACACUUUUGGCCAGAGGACAUCUCAGUAUCGAGGAGUUACAAGACACAGGUGGACAGGUAGGUAUGAAGCUCACUUAUGGGACAACAGUUGCAAGAAGGAAGGCCAAACCAGAAAAGGAAGACAAGUCUAUCUUGGAGGUUAUGAUAAGGAAGAGAAGGCUGCAAGAGCUUAUGAUCUUGCUGCUCUCAAAUAUUGGGGACCCUCUACACAUAUUAACUUUGGGUUGGAAAACUACCAUCAAGAACUCCAGGAAAUGCAGAACAUGAGCCGGCAAGAAUACGUCGCCCAUCUAAGGAGAAAAAGCAGUGGAUUUUCUCGAGGGGCUUCCAUAUAUAGAGGCGUCACAAGGCACCAUCAGCAUGGAAGAUGGCAGGCGAGGAUCGGUCGUGUAGCUGGUAAUAAGGAUCUCUAUCUCGGAACAUUCAGCACACAAGAAGAAGCGGCCGAGGCAUACGACAUUGCGGCAAUCAAGUUCCGUGGCGCCAAUGCAGUUACCAACUUCGAUAUAUCGCGCUACGACGUGGACAAAAUCAUGGCGAGCAACACUUUGCCAACCGGAGAAAUUGCCCGGCGAAGCAUAGAGACGGACAACAUCACCAACCGGCCCGACUGGAAAGUGGUGACACAAAAUCAUCAAGACCGCAUUGCCGUAGAAUUGCAUAAUUCCAAGGCGACGAACCCGAGCAUAGGGCAUUGUCAAAAUGCUACACUCUCGGUGCCGCUACACGAUUUGAUCAGCCCGGAGUCGGCCCAAUCCAUCGCGGAUCCGCCAGCAAAUAUAGUCCAACAACAUUUUCUGAAUCCAUCGUCUAUGCUGACAACCAUGAGUAGCUCCCGAGUAGAGAGCUCUGAAAAAUUCGGGGCUCCUAUUAUUUUUGCCAAGUCAUCGAGCAAUUCCGGUGUGUGGGCCCCAGCCCCUCUUUCGAGACCGGUGGUGCUCACCACGGCUCAUUUUCCGAUGACCGGCGCGUGGCACGAUUUAUGAGGUAACUGUUUAAGUGAAGAUUACUCGAUCACUUUAGAUCAAGAGAAACUUGUUGUAGUUGCUUUUGGGUAGUGGUGAGAGGAAAAUGCGUUUUUUUUUU